AUGUCUGAUGAAACCGAAGCAUUAGUGAGAGUUGAUAAUGUGAAGUACAGAAAGGCUGGAGAAGGAAAAUCGCCAAUUGGACGAUUGAUUCUGUUUAGUGAUUAUAUUGAAUGGAGAGACAACGCGAGUCCAGAAGUAUUCACAUGUAAAUUUAUCCGUAUCAAUGGUCAGCGUGUCUCACCACCACACAAAUCAAAAGUUCAAUUGCAAUUGAAUUUGAGAAACGACGAGCAGGCUACUUUUGUGUUCUUGGACCCCGGUGCAUCAAAAGAAGAACUUACGAAGCAGCGAGAUAAUAUCAAAGAGAAACUUCAAGCUGCUUUAUUGGAACAUCGCCAUCGUGUGCAGGAGUUAGCGAAAUCAGUAGAGAGCCAGUCGAAACAAGUGGAGUUGCAAGCGAAACAAAAAAUUCUGCAAGAAGAUCGCAAUCUUGAAAAGCUCUAUAAAAAUCUAGUUGCUACGAAAGUAAUCACUCCACAAGAUUUUUGGGCAGACUACUAUCAGAAAGAAGGCGUUUCGGAAGAUAGAAUUGGAAUCAACGGAGCGUUUCUUGCAAAUAUCGUUCAACAGGAAGGAACUAAUGGAGUACGAUUGAAUCUCAAUCCAGAUAUUAUUCAAGCGAUUUACACCACUUAUCCAGCAGUCCAGAAGAAGAAUCUCGAAUUGGUUCCACAUGAAAUGUCAGAAGAGACAUUCUGGAAGAAGUUCUUCCAGUCACAUUAUUUUCAUCGCGAAAAAGAGGUUCUUCCAAAUCCCAAAGAUCCAUUUGCUGAAUGCGUUCGUGACGACGAAGAAGAAAUGACAAAGAUGACAUCUGAGAGGAUUCAAAGAAAACGAUUCGAUCUGGACCAUAUCGAUGACAAUGGUCUCAGAGAUUUUGUUCAUAAAUCAGAAUCGCUACCAAAAACUACGAGAAACACCCUUAUCAAAAGAUGUAACUAUUUAUCCGAAAAAAUUUUGGCCAGUUCAUGGAAAACAGGAGAGACAAAAACAUCUGGAAAGAAGGGGUUCGGUGUUUUGGAUAGACUCGUAGCAGAAACAGAAGGGAGAUUGGAAUCCGAGGAUCUUGCUGAGAAAGAAAUUGAGGAAGAAGUUCAGCUUGUCCGCAUCAAUUCGUCAGCAAAAGCUUCUCAAUCUGUCUACUCGAAAAAAGAUGUGGCAAAGUACAAAGGAAUCGUAGCUGACUAUUUUCAAAAUUGGUCUGUUGAAGAUAUCCUUCAUCGAAAUGAAAUGCUUCUGGAUCAACAAGAAAUGGAUGCUCUUGAAAUGGAAGAGGCAAUGAGAGAGGAUGAAGAUAAAGCUUCGCCUCCCGAGGCUUGGUGCCAGUCUGCGCAGGAACUAGGGAAGAUCAGGGAUAUUCAUAGCUCGGUGCGUGAAAUCUGCAGACAGUUCUGGAAAUGUUUUCCACCUGUGAGCAAUGAAACAGAAGAGAAGUUGAUUAGAAUGGCAGGUACUUUGGAGAAAUUCAAGAAUGAGAUAACGAAUAAAGACAUGGACCCUGCGAAUAUUGCUCAUUGUACGCAGAUGAUUGAUCUCGCGCUUCAAAAGUUUGAAGCUUAUGAUUCGAAGAAGAUGCAGUAA